AUGUCUCCAAUUCAACAACGAAAAACUCAACUAAAUAAAUCAAGUACUGAUGAUGCUGCAAUAGACCACGAAGAAUUACAAUAUCUAAAUCUUAUACAACGGAUAAUGAAUCAUGGAGAAGCUCGUGAAGAUCGUACAGGAACUGGAACCAAAAGCAUAUUUUCACCACCUCAACUGCGUUUCUCUCUAAGGGAUAACAUUAUACCAUUAUUAACAACUAAACGUGUUUUUACGCGUGCUGUUAUUGAAGAACUGUUAUGGUUUAUUAAAGGUGAUACAAAUUCUAAUCAUUUAUCCGAGAAAGGUGUUCAUAUUUGGGAUGAUAAUGGAUCCAAAGAAUUUCUCGAUAAAGUCGGAUUAACUGAUAGAGAACAAGGAGAUUUAGGACCGGUUUAUGGAUUUCAAUGGCGUCAUUUUGGUGCUGAAUAUGUAGAUUUUAACACAGAUUAUACUGGUCAAGGAAUUGAUCAACUUGCAGACGUUAUUAAUAAAAUAAAAAAUAAUCCAACUGAUAGACAUUUAAAGAAAAUGGCAUUACCACCAUGUCAUAUGUUCUGUCAAUUCUAUGUAUCCAAUCCGGAUCCAAUCACUCAAAAAAGGUCAUUAUCUUGUCUCUUAUAUCAAAGAUCUUGUGAUAUGGGAUUAGGUGUACCAUUCAAUAUUGCUAGUUAUUCUAUUUUGACUAGGAUGGUGGCACACGUUACAGGAUUAGAACCAGGAGAAUUUAUUCAUACAAUGGGUGAUGCGCACAUUUAUAUUGACCAUAUAGAUGCAUUGAAAAUACAAUGUCAACGUGAUCCAAGAGAGUUUCCCAAGUUAGAAUUUCAACGUAAGAUUAAUAAUAUAGAUGACUUUAAGUACGAAGAUUUUAAAAUAAUUGGGUAUCAACCUCACAAAACUAUUAAAAUGAAAAUGUCUAUUUAA